UCUGCCUUUAGUUAAGCACGGACACUCCAAUGUUCGGCAUGGAAAAUCACCGCAGUGACCGCACACAACAUCCGUCUGAUGCACAUGAAACUGAGACUGUGCAACAUCGUCCUAGAAACCAGGAAUCAAUUAGGUGGCAGCUAUUAAGAAGGGCCAGGGAUAGACUGGCUGCUGUGAUCAGUAGGGAGCCCAUUGAUUUUGAAUAUCUCCACUUUGUCACCUAUCAGGAACUGCAGUUUUUACGGGCAGGGGCAGCUUAUAUGGAUAUUCCUCAAUGUGUUGUAGUUGGCUUUGAGCAGCUCAAUGAGGUGAUCAAGGCUCUGCUUUCCAACACUCCCGCCAUCCCUUUAGUUGACAAUAUAGAUGUAGUUGAGUGGAAUGGAAGUGUGGGGCAACCUAGAUUGAGUAUCAGUAGGGAUGCUAUUGAAAGUCUUUUAAGCACCAACCUACCAUUGACCACUCUGGCUAAUGCUCAUGGUAUUUCAAGAUCCACCCUGUAUAGGAGGAUGAGAGAGUAUGGUCUCUCAGUCAGAAGCAGCUACUCUGACAUUCCAGAUUGUGUCCUUGAUAUGAAGGUGAGAUCCAUUAAGUCCAGAAUGCCUGAUGCUGGAUAUAGGCUGGUGAAAGGGGCUCUUCUGGCCAUGGGACACCGUGUCACAUGGAGUAGAGUCAAGUCAUCCUUGCAGCGUGUUGAUGGAGCAGGCAUCGUUUCAAGAAUGAUCCAGUUGACAUGCAUUGCCAGACGGACAUACUCUGUCCCAGCUCCAUUGUCUCUUGUCCACAUUGACACCAAUCACAAGUUGAUCAGGUACAACAUAGUGGUGUUUGGAGGUAUCGAUGGCUUUUCUCGGAAGGUUUUGUACCUCAAUGCGGCUGGGAAUAAUAAGGCAGAGACUGGUUUGAGGUUUUUCAUGGAGAGUGUGCAGAAACAUGGAUGGCCAUCAAGAGUACGCGGUGACCAAGGUGUAGAAAAUGUGGAGAUAGCAAGAUCCAUGUUCACUGUGCGAGGAACAGGUCGUGGCAGCUUUAUAGCUGGGAAAAGUGUGCACAACCAAAGAGUGGAACGACUAUGGAGAGAUGUGUGGAAUGCUGUAACGUCUCAGUACUACAACAUGCUUCACACCUUGGAGGAAGAGGGGUUUGUAGACCUCUCAAAUGCUGUUCAUCUCUUCUGUCUUGGGUACGUUUUCAUUCCACGUCUACAAGCAGACCUUCAAAACUUCGUAGAGACAUGGAAUUGUCACCCCUUGAGGACUGAGGCAAACCUGACCCCUAACCAGCUUUGGAGAAUUGGGAGGAUGCAAGUACCGGUGCAAGAGCCAGAUCUGUCUGAGAUGGAACACUUGCAUGACCAGGAAGCUUGUGGUGCUGAUCCAGAACAUGGAGUCAUAGUACCAGAAACUGCAUGCCCCUUGUCAGCUGAGGCUCUUGCUGCUUUACAAUAUAUUAACCCCACUGCAGAGUCCUCUUCUCUUGGGCGGGAUAUCUAUAUGCAUGCUCUUCAGUUGGUCUCACUUCUUAUGUAAGAGCUGGAUAAACAGUUUACAAAACACAG